UACUUACUUAGUACGAAGAAAUCGACGCAUUUUAAACCGAGGCUGAUGUAAAAAUAUAAUUCUUUCUUUUCUAAAUUGACAUAAGAAAUUAUAGAACAAAGUCAAAAUGUCGGGCUUGGAAAAAUAUCAAGACAAUCCUGCUUGGCGUGAGAAUCUGCUAAAACAUCUGCUUACAGCGCGACCACCUGUAAAAACCAAACCACCAAAAGAAAUAAUGGAACAACGUAGCAGCUUGGGUAUUGUGUUGGACUUUGAGGCCUUGAUGAAAGCCAGGAAGGAAGAGAUAGGCGCAGCUGCGAAGCAGACUGAAAGCGAGGCCACGGCCUCAACUACUUCUUCAAGUUUUGCUACCAUCCAAAAUUAUAGAGAAACCAUAUACGAAACUCGUGAUGAUGGCAUAUACGAUGAGUCUAAUGAGAGUUUUGAUGCAUUGGAGCGUAUGUGCAAUAAAACAGCCUCUGAUCCUGAUAGCACGUUGUUUCACUAUUUGCACAGCGAUGAAAAGGAACAGGUGUUGGCCAUGGCCAAAGAGCAUAGCGCGCGUGAAGAUAAAAGCGGCAUGGAAAUGAACUCCCUACGCCGCCUAUUGGAUGACCUGAGCUUCACAGAUCAGUUGGAUCAGGAGAGUCCACUUAAAGGUAUUGAGUGCACACAGCUGGAAGACGUUGAAGCCCCGUCGCGCUUCUGGGACAUGGAUAACACUAUCAAUGCUAAUGAAUCUGGAAUGGCGUCAGCAAAAAAGACAUCGCCAGUUAAAAUGGUAGGACUACUACGACCAUCCACCAUAAUUGAGGCUAAUGAAAUAGAUUUGACCGGCGCAUUGUCGGAUAAAUCAGAAAGUACUACAAGCAACAGCUUCAAGACCGCGGCUACUUUGAAGACAGCCAUGAGCACAGAUACACUUGCCUCUGGCUCCAGUUGCUAUGAAACAGCUGCAGACAAUUCAUUGGCGAGCAGCACUAAGGACUCUGCAACAGCAACAACGUUGAACGUUGAUGAUUUGUUUUAUGCAGCAAUUGGCAAGACAAAGACUCAUGGCAUGACCACGAAAGAGCAUGAGGAGCUCAUGUGCGAUCUGCAGGAAAGCCUAAUGGAUAUCGCGUCGGCACGACCAAAUCAAUCGCUUGUAAGCGAAUUCGUUGAUGAGACCAUUAUUGAAUUAUCUUCGUCUAGUGAUGAGGAAGAUGAGCAUGAGAAUGUGCAAGAGGUUAUCAAGCUGGAGGAAAGCUUUGAGGAUAAUGAAAAUAACUUAAUGCAUUUUAAUGAUACCAUGGAGCAAAAUGAGCCUGAAUGUGAACAAGAUCCUAUCAAACUUGAGCAAAGUGUGGAGGAUAAAGAAAAUAAAUCAAUGCAUUUUAAUGAUACCAUGGAGCAAAGCGAGCCUGAAUGUGAACAAGAUCCUAUUAAACUUGAGCAAAGUGUGGAGGAUAAAGAAAAUAAAUCAAUGCAUUUUAAUGAUACCAUGGAGGAAAUGGAGUAUAUGAUACAAAAAGGCUUGGAGUACAUGAAGGCCAACAUUAAGCCUACAACUUCAAAGCCAACGACUCCCAAGCUAACAACUCCCAAGCCAACGACUCCCAAGCCAACAACUCCCAAGCCAACAAAUCUUAAGCCAGCCACUCCGAAGCUGGCCACUUAUUCUCCAAAUAUAUCAAAGCAGAGUACAUUUAUUUUGUCACCCAAAAAAAGCCAACGCCCACUCCAACUUCAACUCCUACAGCAUCGCCAAUGCGUCAUUGUUACAACAACAGCAGUAGCAGUAUCGGAAAAUCUAGUAACUAUAGCAGCGGCAAGAAGAAGUUGCCUACAACGCCCAAUACGCCACGAUAUGCCCUCAAUAUGGAAUCGGAAAAGCCCAGAAUAUUUACAACCUUCGUCCAUUCCUAUGCGUCGUGCUGUGCUUAAGCUGAACAAUCAGUUUGAUAACAUUGUAAGUCCCAUACGCGCAUAUACUCACAAGUCAGGCACUGCUCCGCUCAUGAGCAUGUUCCGUCCCACUGGCAAUUGCAAUGAAGUAUUUAGUGAUUUAGAGCAUAGUGAACUGGAGCUGGAAUCGCGUCUUCAUCAAAUUAAACAUGGCCAAGCCCAAGCAAAAUAUGCUGGCGCUGCGAAUCCAUUAAAAAAGAACCUGGAGAAUCUAAUGCCCAAUAUGCCGCUGUUGCCCAAAAAGGCAUACAUAUCCAGUGAACUGAAAGAGAUUGUUGAUAAGCGUACGCCUAUGCCAAUGCCAAGUGUACCACAGAUACAAAAGUAUCUCAAUUCAGCAAUGGAACCUUCGGUGAUGCGCCAUGAGGGCAAAAUAAAGCUGCCUGGCAAUACUGUUUCGCAUAUUCCACGCCGUCCCAAUCAAAGUUUAGCUGAUCUGUCACUAGCCUCUGGCGAUGUCUCACUAUAUACCAUAAAGGAUGCGCAAAAGUUUUAACGCUGCCUAGCUGUGAAUUCAAGAAACUUCAAUUUGCG